AUGAAGAUCAAUUUGCAAGGGAUCAAAAAGUUAUUCUCUUUUAAUGCGACCCCGACAGACGACCCGAACCCAGAAUCCCUCGACAUCCGAGAGGAGUACGGAAACGCGUUUCGUACUGAAUCAUACAAUGAUUUUUGGACACAUGUCCUCACCCUAAACAAAGGUCGUCUCGCCACACAUAGAAGCCUCAGCUCCACCUCGGCCGCCCGACUCCCGUCUUACCGUCUCUUCGCCGAGCAACUAUUGGAUCCCGACCAAUCCACGGCCACACGAAUCCUCGGCUUGACCCGAGCCCACCCAAAAAUAUUUUCCCUCUUAACUGAGUAUUUUUCCCUAACAUCAAACGCCUCUCACUUGUGCGGACUUCUCCUCAAGGACAUUGAUCGCAUAAGAAAACGAUACAAAUUCUCCCUCGAAACCCCACUCAACCCUAACUCAAACGGGUUGGGCCGGGAAAUAUCCCACUUGCCCCUCGUCCUGGCCCGAAUCACUCUGUUAUCGCGAUCCAACCCGUUUUCCACGGCCGCCCCUUCCAUGAGCCUCAUAGUCGCGGCCCACGGGUUCAUAAUGCUUGUGGCCGGGCCGGGCUUGGUAGUGGGCUCGCUCGAGCUGAUCUCGGUGGACAGGCUGGCUAGAUGGUCGGCUCAGCUCGAAUCGGCGGCUAAGGGCACGUACAUUUUGCUUAGGGACUUGGACACCAUAAGCCGACACGUGGCUCGGCUGAACAACGAGCUGGAACACGUGGAAGGGUUGGUGCAGAUGUGGAGUGACAGAGGAGAUGACCGGCUCGGAGCCAGUGAUGAGGUGGCUUGCCAGCUCAAGAGGAACAACCAGAGCUUUAUUGAGCAGCUUGAUGAGCUGGAAGAGCAUUUAUAUCUAUGUUUUAUGACGAUUAAUAGAGCCAGAAAUCUUGUGACAAAGGAAAUUCUGAAUUCUGGUUGUUAA